CUGGCGGUCACCUCUUCGCUGCUCCACACCAACCACCACGCCAACGCCGCUAUGCUGGGGGACGUCAACAUCUCCGCCAUCUUGGACUCCUUCAGUGUCUCUUAUGACAAACGAGUAAGGCCCAACUAUGGCGGUACCCCAGUUGAGGUCGGUAUCACUAUGUACGUGCUAUCGAUCAGCUCCCUGUCAGAAGUCCAAAUGGUCCGCCGGUCGAAGUGGGGGUCACCAUGUACGUACUGAGCAUCUCGUCCCUCUCAGAAGUCAAAAUGGGCCCCCAGUGGAAGUCGGAGUCACCAUGUAUGUCCUCAGCAUCAGUUCGGUCUCCGAAGUGCUGAUGGACUUCACGUUGGACUUCUACUUCCGACAGUUCUGGACGGAUCCUCGACUGGCCUUCCGGAAGAGGCCGGGGGUGGAGACGCUGUCCGUGGGGUCGGAGUUCAUCAAGAACAUCUGGGUGCCGGACACGUUCUUCGUCAACGAGAAGCAGUCCUACUUCCACGUGGCGACCACGAGCAAUGAGUUCAUCAGAGUUCACCAUUCGGGCAGCAUCACCAGAAGCAUACGGUUGACGAUCACUGCGUCAUGUCCCAUGAAUCUGCAAUACUUCCCAAUGGACAGACAGCUCUGCCAUAUAGAAAUAGAAAGCUUCGGGUACACUAUGCGGGACAUUCGCUAUAAGUGGAACGAAGGCCCCAACUCUGUGGGGGUAUCCAAUGAGGUGUCACUACCCCAGUUUAAAGUCUUGGGCCAUCGACAGAGAGCUAUGGAGAUUAGUCUGACCACAGGUAACUACUCCCGUCUGGCGUGCGAGAUACAGUUCGUCAGGUCGAUGGGCUACUACCUGAUCCAGAUCUACAUCCCCUCCGGCCUGAUCGUCAUAAUCUCCUGGGUCAGCUUCUGGCUGAACCGGAACGCCACCCCUGCCAGAGUGGCCCUUGGCGUCACCACUGUGUUGACCAUGACCACCCUCAUGUCAUCCACCAACGCCGCGCUGCCUAAGAUAUCCUACGUCAAGUCCAUCGACGUGUACCUGGGCACGUGUUUCGUCAUGGUGUUCGCGUCACUGUUAGAGUACGCAACAGUGGGGUACAUGGCCAAGAGGAUACAGAUGCGGAAGAAUAGGUUCCUGGCGAUUCAGAAGAUCGCAGAGAAAAAUUCGAAACAAGGGUUGGAGGGGCCGCACCCCCCUGUGCCUGGAGACCCCUCAGAUCACCCCACACUCCCCAAACAGACUGUGAGCGUCGCAUCAACCCUGCGACACAACUCCAAAACAUGCGCUGAGGUGCGGUUCAAAGUGCAUGACCCCAAGGCCCACUUCAAGGGCGGGACGUUAGAGAACACCAUCAACGGGAGAGCAGACGAGGAAGCCCCGGCACCGCAGCACCUCAUACACCCGGGGAAAGACAUCAACAAGCUGUACGGAGUCACUCCCAGCGAUAUAGACAAGUACUCGCGGAUCGUGUUCCCCGUCUGUUUCGUGUGUUUUAACCUAAUGUACUGGAUCAUCUAUCUUCACAUAAGUGACGUGGUCGCCGAUGACCUGGUGCUUCUAGAAGAGGACAAAUAAGCGACUGUCGUCGAACAAAGACUACGUUUUAAAGGUUUUACGGUCGAAUUCAGCUCAACUUACACUCUCGACAAAGAGGAUAAUAAUUUACGCACUUUGAGUUCAGUAUUGUUUCUAGUUUGUGGAUCGACUGUCGGUUUAAAAGGCUUUCUUAUGAUUUCACCACUUGUAAAAUACCGAUAGUUAGUCUAUAGCUAGGUUUAGAUCUAGAUCUCAAACUAAACACUCGGGUUAGUAAUUUGGUUUUGUAUAUUUUAUAUGACUUAUAUAACGUGUACAUAUUCCGAUGGAAAGCGAUACUGCAAAAGAUACUGCAUUCGAUCUAGCAGUUGCUCAAUAUUUUUUUCUUUCGUGUAGAACUACGAGUUUCGCAGGUACGAUGUACACUAUAGAAACAUGUCCAUCCAGUAGAAAAGUAAAAUUAUUUUGUUACCGGAAUCAAAGAGACGUUGUAUAUUUUCUGUCGAGUACAGACGGUUACUAAAAUGCUGAUGAGAGGUCUAUUCGUGUUACAAAAGCUCAAAUCAAAUUAUAUAGUUUAAAAAGGUUUUAUUCGGUAAUCGUUAGACGAUUGUGUAGUUACGUAUCGUAUUUUAUCUGUGUUGAAGGUUAAUUAUAGCGUUACCACCUCAUUUGAAACUCUCUGUGAUUUAAAAAGUUUUAUUGUAAAGAUUACUAUUCCGUUAGACGCGUUAGUAAAUAGUUACCACAGAUAGGGGUAUUGAAAUUAUUAUAGCCUACUUGAUGGCGGUUUUAUCUGUUCAUAGUCUACGUAUUAAAUACAGUGUUGACCUGUUGUAAAAUAUUUUAUCGUUCGAGAUCGCUGUGUUGGAAGUUUUUAUACUUUACUCUAAUAUUACAUAAUUAUAACUUUAGUAAUUAAAAAGUCUUAGUUUAUACGUUAACAAAUAAGAUGUACAAAAGGUUAACUAACGUAUAAAUCGAAGCAGGAUAGCGUCUAAUCAAAUAUAUAGAUCACCCGAUAUCUUUUAACUUCGUCUUUAUAUACAUAUAAAUAAUAGCACAGAAAGAAGAAUUACCGCAAAGGGUCACUGCACAGAAUUCUUAACUCGCCUAUAUAAACAGUUCUCACAAUAUAUAUUAUACAAUAUACAUAUAUACAUACUGUAAUGUAAUGUAUUUAUACGAACGUAUUCUAAAGUAAAGACUAGUUUAAGUGUGCACGAACCGAUGUCACCUUGUGCAUACAUGUAUAUACAGAUGUACGUAGAGAUAUUUUUACAUCAAUGCAAAUUAGGUUGGUAGCCGUGCACGGCUGCGCAGUGGCGGGGCUCAGUUGCUGCGCAGCCCCCCUCCCCUCCUCCCUAUGUUGUAUUGGUAGGGACCACUGUUUUAUACACUACUUUUUCAAACGUACCAUCUUCUGGGGUUUAUGGAGGCUUCAAAUCGGGUCUUUUAAUUUAAUUGUACAUUGCAAAACAGUUGCGCAUAGAACAUUGUUGUAAAAAACACAUUGUAUUGGCUGAAGUAAAGUGUAUGGUUAAUUAUAACUAUACUAAACUAUGUCUAUGAAUGUUGAUAACGCAGAAAUAGCACUAUCCACCGAUAAAUUCCAUUUAUUUUAAAACUUAACCAUAAACCAUUGUUUCUAUUGAUGUAAUUUUAUGACGAUUGUAAGGGCUACCAAUAAACUGUAAAAAGUGAAAACAAUUAAGCUAGACCAAUAUUCUCAGGUAUGUUAAAAUUAUGUGUUACUAUGUAAGAAUGUUAUAAGUAAUAAUUACUUUAAAUAUGUUAUCUAUAGUGAUCGAAAAUAUACUGCUAUAGUUAAAUCAUUUAUAAAACAACUUUAAAAUUAAAAUACCUUGUGCCAGCUAGAAGGACAAUACAAAUGUUGACCUUAACAAAAAUAGUACUAACUAUUGUUUGAUAGAUUUGCCACACAACAAAUGAUUGAAGUUUACAUAAGCCCCAACCUUAUUUGAGUCACCAUUUGUUUAGUAGUCAUAGAUUUGGUAAAUACAAAAUAUUUUGUUCGCACUAAGUGCAAUGUCAACAGAUAUAAAAAACAGUCAAUUUGUUGUUAAUAAGCAAAGAUAACAUAUAAAACAUGUUGUUAAAUUUAACCAAAUCAAGGUUAAGCCACCUUUAAAAAUUAUAAUGUAUCAUAAUGUAACUGUUAGUACAGAAGAGAAACAACCAUAGCAUAGCCUCCUCUAAUACAAGGCCGCGGCGUUGGUGUAUGGCAACGUCGCAGCGGCCGGCGCCAAACAUUGCGCAGAAACUUAGGCUUCAGCUGUUUCGGUAGGCCGUGGUUGCGGUGUUGCCACUUUUGUCACGCCGCGGCCUUGUAUUAAAAGAUACCAUGGUAGACCAUAGUUAUUUAAAAUUUGCACAAACAACCAUUCUAUUAAAUAGCUACCCGUCUGUGUCAUUGCAUUUCGUGCACUGUUUCAUUAUAAGUUUGUUGUAGUAUUCAGCUGAUCUAAGCUCAACAAUAAGUUUGUAAGAUAUGUUGAAAAGCUGUGAUUUUGUUAAGUACGGCUUACUAAGCUGUUUUCCUUACCCUCGUGGGAUAGACUCACCUUCCGACCCCUAAAGUAAAAUGUAACCUGAUUUCAAAUUCUCAAGUGUCCUAGUUGAUUUUGAAUGUUAUUUACUAGUUAGCUAGAUAUAAUUUACCCCAGCCCAGAGUCGGGUCAAAUACUUAAAUCGGUUGUGUUUAAAUACUCUACAAACAAAUUCUAAACGGAUUGUAUAAUUAUACAGUUCGAUGUGUAUAGGUUUAUGUUCUAGCGUAAGUUAGGCGAGAUUAGUUAAGUGGCGUACUUUCUUUAUAAUGUUGGACUUUUGUAGACGAUUUGACGCCGGAGCAGCAAACCGAUUCUGUAAAUAUGACAUUGUUUUUAAUAAAUUAUUCGAAAACAAAAUGAUAUUUUUGUGCUUCCUCAACUUAGGGGAAAGUAUAGAUACGAACAGAUAGGCUUAGGCCGUUAGAUGAGGCAUAGUUCGAUCAACCGACUUAUCUUUCUUUGGUUUAGUUAAGGCUCAAAGUAUUUUAAUCAUCAUGAAGUGUUACUGAGAGAGGGUGCUAGACGAUAACGUUGUACUUGAGGGCAAACCUGGGUGUGUGUUGGUUAGAUGAACUGACUCAUUGUGUAAAUUGUUUUAGAAACUGCCUCCUUAAUCUUGACUCAUUGGUGUAUAAUUAAAUAAACAAAAUAAUUACAACAUCUGUUACACAGUAAAAUAGCUCAAUUUGAUUUCAGAAAUCCAAGCUGUGCGAGAAAACGAUUUUCAUGGAAAAUAUUAGUAUAAAAUUAAAGAUUUGCCCUUUUCAAAAAAAAAAGCUAAACGUUUGUCACGGAUUUCUAAUUACGUGUAUUUUUAUUUCAAUGAUUAAAUUUAAUCGUAUGACUUUGCGCAAAGGAACCCCUGUGAAAUAUUAACAUGAUUUUAAUUGUUGUAUCAAAAAGAACAUUGCAACCCACAUUUUAGGUUCUAAGUUGCCUAAAUGAAGUAAUAUAAAACCAAAAAGUUUGUGGCAGUCGAACUUCUUUAGCUAUAGAAUUUUAUACACCAUGAUUCAAAUUAACUAUAAAUAAUUGAUAAACAAUUAUUAAUUUCUUAUUUUUAAGCGUUCAACCCAUAAUGCUAUUAAACUACUAUUGUUUUACUUACUACAGCUUAACAAGCCAAUAUUGUAAUAUUUAAAUAUUUUUUUAUUCAAAUAGAUUGCCUUAUUCUACUUCCAUGUACAUUAACCUAAUCGCUGUAGGAACAGAGGAAUUGUAAAUAUACUUGAAGGGUUAUAACUUUUUAAAAUGUCAAAUUAAAAGUGUUCCUCCAUUACAACUGCUCAUAAUUAUUACAAUUAAUUAAAUAAAUAAAUGAAAACAUAUUGGUGAAUUGACGAGUUAAAAUAAUCAUUUUUUCUUUAUCUUGUCAAUAAAAAUAGUAUUAAUGUUUUUCUUCCAUUUUAAGAAACAAAAAAAUUUUAAAUAGUCAGACCUCAUACUCUAUGACUUUUACAUAACCGAUUUGUAUGUAUAUGAAACAUAAUAAAAUGUAGGCUACAGUCAUACAUUUUGUGCUGAUAUUCAAAGUCAAUUACUAUCAAGGUUACUUUGUUAGAAAGUACAAUAUUAUAAGAUAAAGUAAUGAAUUGGGUAAAUAUUUAAAUUGCACCAACCAAACAUAAUUAUUGUUUUGAAAGAGAGCUCACAGGGAGGUUAAUUAACCAAAAAUCAAAUAAUACUGUUACAAAUAAAUUGUAAAACCAAAUAUUAAAAUUGUCUUGUAAACAUUAAAAGACGAUUGCAAAUUUCAGUGUUUAUUUUAAACUAAUAACAAUUUUAACCACUUCUUUUCUUAUGUGAACUUAAAUCUAAAAGCUCUAGCUGUUAUAGUGUCAACAAUUUAUUUUUAGUUAUUAAAAAGACACAUAUUUAAUUUAUUUAAGUAGUUUUUCGUGGCUCAUCAUGAAGUAGCUAAGAAAACUCAUUUAGAUCUGACUGGAAAAUUUAAAAUGUACCGUUUUUUUUUUAUUAAAAACUUAAACUUGGUUUUUCUGAGAUAUAGCCAACUUCCACUACAUAAAUCAGUAAAUAAGUUCAUAAUUUUGUUGAUUAACUAUUACACGAAUUAAACAACACUUUACGACAGGUAUAACAAAAUC